UCCCUCGAUUUGUAUCGCGUUGGCUCAGCGUAGCUGUGGCCUCGAGGGUAUCUGUGUUGCUUUCGGAUCCCUGAGCCAGCCCAUCAAGCAGUCCAGCUCGUUUUCGGCACCGCUGAGCCGCCGAGGCGCCCCUGGGAGCUCGGAGAGGAGGGCCAGCACGAUGUCUGCCGAGACCGAGACCGGCAGCGACGGCGCCACGACACCCACGAAUGGCUCCACCACGAAGACGAGCCCCGCCGCCGCCUACCGCAAGACCAACGGCCACGACCUCGAAGGAAGUUGUAGCGCCCUAGAAGAGGCCAUGGCCGCCUGCGCCACACACAUCUCGAGCGACGCGUCGCGCACCACAUUAGCGAAGGCCCGGGACGCUUUGUCAAAACUCUUCGGGGCCCAAGCGAAGCUCACGGCGCAGAUCGACUCCAGUCAAAAACCGCCUUCCGAGAAAAAAUCAUUGUUAGAUCGCUGCGAGAAGCUCGAGCAGGCCAUCGAGCACGCCUCUCUAGAAUUGAAGGACGCCGUGCAAGGCGCUUGUGUUAAAAGGCGAGAAGCUGGUGAUGACGCGUAUGCUUCUCAACAAUAUGACGCCGCGUAUGCCGCGUACGCCGCGGCUCUGGGCUUCGCGCCGGACGACGUCGAGUCGUUACUAGGCAAAGCUAGAUCAGCGUCGCAACUCAAAGACUGGCCGGCGUGUAUUAGUGAUGCGCGGAGGGCGGCGCGCCUCGACGUCCAGGCGUCCGAAGCUCACUCUUUACUCGUCACUGCGUUACUCGAACAAGGCGACGUGCAACAGGCCGCCCAGGCCCUGGGGAACGCGCCGGACGAUGUCCUAGAGUCUAGUGAAGAGUUACAGGUACUAGGUACCGAUACGAUACCCGAAGCAGCCAAAGCAUCAGCCAACGCGUUGUUCCAACGGAAGAAGUUCCCGGAGGCGCUGGCGUUGUACACUUUAGCUGUCGAGUUGACGGACGGCCAACGACACGUCUAUCUCUCGAACCGGUCGGCCUGUCUGCAAGCGCUGUCGAGGUGGGAGCGCGCCGCGGACGAUGCCCGUAGAGUUAUUGAAUUGAAACCGGACUUCGCGAAGGGCCACCUGCAUCUCGCGCGGUCGCUCGUGAGACUCGACCGCAAGUUAGAGGCUUGUGAAGUGCUCGAGGAGGGCAUCGAGGACGGUCCGAUCGCGGCGUCCCGGGGCCUUUCCGAGAUCAUGCGCCAUCUUCAUGAAUUCGCCUCCAUCAGACGAGAUCGCGACUCGAUAUAUAUCACACGCAGGUCCCGCGGACGUGUCGGCGCUCGAAAAACUGCUGCAGGAAUUACGCACCGUAAGACCGCCGGCCGCGCCGCCGCGACAGCAGUCGCGACAGCUGAGAGACGCGGCGACGUCGGCGUAUAAGCGCGGCCUGUACAAGGAGGCACUCUCGUUAUAUACGAAGUGCCUCGCUACUGAUUGCGCCGAAGCGGAUGCGGUCCUCGCGAACCGCGCGGCCUGCUGGCUCAUGGUCGACCAAGCGGAGCGGGCGGUCGACGACUGCCGGAAGGCUUCUUCAGUGAUUGCGGAGCAGCUUCCGAAGGCUGAUGAUGAUGAAAGGAAGCGCCUCGUGUCCCAGCGGAGCAAGGUCGCCGCGCGUCUCUCGUCGUCGUUGCAACGGCUGGGGCGGAUCGACGAGGCUUUGUCAGUGAUACAGGACGACCCUUCAUUAACAGAGAAACGGAAUCAGUUGGAACAGUGCCAAAGUACACAAAAGCAAGCCACCGAAGCCUACGAGGGCGAGGAGUACUCGCGGGCGAAACGAUGCUUCGUGAAGCUUAGGGAUGAUUAUAACGUGACCGACGACGCCGACGCGAGGGUCAAGCUCGCGGCCUGCCACGUGCGAUCUCGGCGUCCCCACGCCGUCGACGCGACUCGUGGCCAUCGCACAAUGAAGUUCCGUCUCGCCUCGAAACGGCUCGAAAUCGACAAAGAGACCACCCACUUCAUCAUGAGGUGGACACGACGCGCGUCGACCGUCUCUCGCCGCCGCGCGACCGCCGAACCGCGACACGCGCAGGUCCAUUUGAAGGAGUACGCCGACGGGAGUAGAGAAGCGUUGAGUGCCUUGGCGACGAAGAAAUUACGCGGUAAAAGCUUGGUGGAAGCCCACGGCGUGCGGGCCGACGCUCUACUAGCCCAAGGUGAUCGCAGUCGAGCCGAGCAACAUCUAGCGGCUUGCUUGCAAUUGGAUCCGGACAAUUCGGACAUCAAGACGCGACUGAAGCAUUUAAGACGGUCGACGAAGGACGCGGAGCGGAUCAAGUCUGAUAUUGAGAGUCUCGUGAGGCGAGGUGAAUAUGACAAGGCCAGUCAAGCCGCGUCCGAAGGCUUAAAAGUAGAUCCAUCGGACAAGAAGCUCACGGCGGCCAUGCAUGUCAGGAGGGCGAAGUGCCACCAGCUCCUCGCCUUGAAGGUGCUGAGGAGUAACGGCGAUAGAGACCAGCGCCAAGACAAAGCGUUGCCGCACUGGCGGCGCGUCCACGCCGACUCGUCGGCAGCGUUGUAUCACGCUCCAUCCCCUCUAAAGACGGCGUAUUUGUUGGGAAGUGAAGCGUUGCAGGGCAUGCAUCGCUAUGGCGACGCGGUCGAUUUGCUCGAGACGGCGCUAAACACGUUACCCGACGGUAAGUCGGAUAGGGAUCUCGUUCAAAAGUUCAAGACCGCCCAACGACUCCUGAAAAAAGCGCAAAGACCUGAUUUAUAUAAGUUGAUUGGCCCGGACCUCGACGAGCACUCGGACGAAAGCGCGAUAAAAAAGGCCUACAAAAAAGCGGCCAUGCGGUGGCACCCCGACCGCUUCUCCUGCAAGGGCGAGAAGCAGCAGAAGGAGGCGGAAGAGCAGUUCCAGAAGAUCAAUGACGCGUACGAGUUUUUGACGGACGCUCAACGAAAAAGGUUGUGGGACCAGGGGUAUGAUCGGGAGGAGAUCGAGCAGCAACUGGAGAUGCAGAAGCAGCAGCAGCAGUACCGCGGCGGCGGCUUUCCUUUUGGCGGGUUUCGGCGGGGCUGAGGCUAGGGGUCUGCUGUGCGGUUCACUGUUGCCUGAUGACCGUCCUUCCACGGACGCGACCGCGACGGUAUUUCGUUCGAUUCGUCGUCGACCGCGAUCUAACGUUUUAAAGAUAUAAUUAGC